AUGGCCGCGCCCAAAAACGCUCCCUCGAGCGACGCCAAGGCGGUUGCGUCCAAGAUGCACCGGCGUUCGCGUUCAGGUACGUUUCUUUCCGGGGUGCAUGAGCCAUUGUCAAGCUUCGGCAGGUACUGACAUGUUUCAGGUUGCUUCACCUGUCGAUUACGGCGGAAGAAGUGCGAGGAGGGCAAGCCCGCUUGCAAGGCUUGCAAGCAUCUCGGCCUGCGAUGCGACUACAAGCGUCCAAUGUGGUGGAGCAAUGGCGAACAGCGUCGUGCUCAGAAGGACCUGAUCAAGAACAUCAUCAAGCGCACGCAGGUCUCCAAGAAGCAACAGCAGUCGCAGCAGCAACCUCUCGACACUAGCUCGCCGCCACCACUCAGCCAUUCUGUACCAACAUCAGCAGAGGCUCCUUUCGCGGAAUCAUUCACAUACUCACGAUGUUCUCCCGAAGGAUCGCCUUUCUCUUCCAACGGAUGCGACUUCACGUACCAAUCGCCGGAUGGGUACUUCACGAUGCCACCGCCGCCGCAACCGUAUGUCUCGGGUCAUCCGCAGUACCCUCUCUUCUCCCCAUACGAAGUCGACAUCAAGACCGAGCGUGAGAUCUACGUCAACAACGUCCCGACCCGAAGAGAUUCAACGAUAUCGACGUUCAGCACCUUCCAGCCUCCCCCAGGUCCGCAUGGGAUGCCCAACUACCCGGCAGACAGCUGGGUGCAGCAGGAGCAUUUUGAGAGCACCUCAGAGGAGUUUGCGGAGGAGCCGGUCGACUUCAACUUCUUCGAGUACCCACAUGGCCCUGUCGCUCCCGAGCGCGAGACAGUCAUCAUUGUCGACGACGCUGACAAGUAUCUCUUGAAUCACUUCCUGGAUAAGGUGCUCAAGUUGAUCUUCCCAAUUCUGGAUGCAAAUCAGCACGGCUCUGCUCGCGAUGUGAUUAUUCCAGCGCUUGAGUCCAACAAGGCAUAUCUGCACUGCUGUUUGAGCGUGGCGGCAACCCACAUGAAGGCAACAGAAGGCGUUACCGAUGAGCAGAUCGACAAUGACAUUGUUCGACACCGAUACGCAGCUGUUUCGGAACUCUGCGAAGCUCUUGGACAAGACAUCGACCAUGACCAGAUCCUCGAGGCGACACUCGGCAUGAUCUUCUUCCAAUGCUCCGUUGGACGACCAGACGACACGCUGCCGGAUAUCCCGUGGCACCAGCAUUUCCAGGCUGCAGCGAGCUUGGUGAACAAGUUGGACCUACCCGCCAUGGCGACCGAGCUCUCCGCCGCUGCUCAGCACCCAUCCUUCAAUAUGACGCUGACUUCUUGGAUUGAUAUCCUCGGAUCAACCAUCAUGGGCCGAUCACCAAUGUUCGCCGACACCUACCGAGAGCUCAACAUGACCAACGGCACCGCGGGACUUGCAGAACUCAUGGGGUGUGACGACAAGAUCAUGUUCUUGAUCUCGGAGAUCGCUUGCUUGGAUGUGCAGAAGCAGAUCGGCAUCGAUGAGGUGGUUCUCUGCAAGUACGUUGAAUCUCUUGCGCAGGAGAUUGGUACCACGGAGCCAGCUGCCGGCACGGUACAGAGCUGCUUCUCCGCCAGCGGCGCCAUUCGACCUAAGCAACUCGCCAUCAACCUUACUGCCGUCUUCCGCGUCGCCGCUCGCAUCUACCUGUGCACUCUGGUCCCUGGCAACACACGCAACCAGCCCAGCAUGUGCCACCUGAUCUCGCAAUUCUCCGAGCUUAUGAGCUACAUCCCCGCCGGCCCCGACGGCUUCGACCGAUCCCUCGCAUGGCCACUGCUAAUUGCCGGCGGCGCUUCCGUCGCCAACUCGCCCUUCCGCGCCAUGUUCGAGGAACGCUGCGAACGACUCGGCGACGGCGCCAACUUCGGCUCCUUUGGCCGCAUCCGAGAGCUUCUCAAAGACCUCUGGCAGAUCAACGACGCUGCCGCCGCACAGGGAGACUACCAGGGCGUCCGCUGGCGAGACGUGAUGCAGCAGAAAGGAUGGGACUUCCUCCUCAUCUAG